GCGGAACCGGGUCCGGGACCGGGGUGACCGAUUUAUUUGCCCAUUGACUCUUAUAAGACUCAUUCUCCUCAUUCUAUAGUUUGAGUUAUUGAACAACCCAAGGGUAUCCUAUUGUCUUGUUUCUUUCCGGGAGUCUUGCAAUGGCGACAAAAACAGAACAAGCUCCAGAGAGGAGCAUGCCUCCUGAUGAUGAUCACAGCGAUGUCGAGAGUCUCAAGGCAGCGGCUCUUUUCCACAAAGCUUUGCGCAUGGGAAGAGUUGAGGAGAAGGGUAUUCAGCCCAUUCCCAUCGAAGAGCGCACCCUAACACGCUUUUACAACAUUUUCACGAUCUGGGCGUCUAUUAACUCUAAUAUUCUUGGUAUCACUUUUGGCAUGCUGGGUCCAUUGGUGUAUGGCCUGAGCUUGAGAGACUCUGCGCUCAUUAUCCUCUUCUUCUGCCUCUUCUCAACCAUCGGGCCUGCUUAUCUUGCUACCUUUGGCCCCAAAACGGGAAUGAGACAGAUGAUCCAGGCGAGAUAUAGUUUUGGUCGAUAUCUCGUCUCUAUUCCUGUUCUUCUCAAUCUCGCCACUCUGACUGGCUUCAUGGUCAUCAUCUUUGUCGUCGGCGGACAGUGUCUCUCCGCUGUAUCAAGCGGCCACUUGAGCCCUGAUGUCGGAAUCGUCAUCAUUGGCAUUUUGUCGCUAUUUAUUUCGUUCUGUGGAUUCAAGGUUCUGCAUUACUACGAGACUUAUGCUUUCAUCCCUGCUAUCAUCGCCAUCACCAUUGCGACAGGAUGUGGUGGCUCUGAGCUUUCUAAGCAGGCUCCUCCUGCGGCACCGGCGACUGCAGCAGCAGUUCUCAGCUUUGGAAUGAUUGUUGCGAGUUACAUGAUUCCUUGGGCAGCCAUUGCUAGCGAUCUUACGACAUAUUUCGAUCCCAAGGUCCCCUCGUGGCGCGUCUUUGCGUACAGUUACCUCGGCCUCGUCACACCCACCAUUCUCCUCAUGGUUCUUGGAGCUGCCAUCGCUGGGGCUCUUCCAAAUGUGCCCGAGUGGUCAGAAGCAUAUGGUGAGACAGCAGUCGGAGGCGUUCUCGCAGCCAUGCUUUCUAGCGCCGGUGGCUUUGGAAAGUUCGUGGUUGUUAUUCUCUCGCUCACUCUGUUGGGUAACACUGGCGGUACAAUGUACGCCAUUACACUCAACUUCCAGACUCUUAUUCCUGGCUUGAUCAAGAUUCCCCGCUACGCUUUCGCCAUUGUCGUUACCGUCAUCGUCAUCCCCACUUCUCUAAGAGCCCAGCGCGAUUUCUUUGUCAACCUCGAGAACUUUGUCGCUCUUAUCGGUUACUGGUCCGCAUCCUUCAUUGGUAUCGUCAGUGUCGAGCAUCUUGUUUUCCGAAAGGGUCGUUGGGACUCGUACGAUGAUGCAAUCUGGAAUGUUGCUUCUGAGCUGCCCCUUGGUAUUGCGGCUAUCGCUGCGGGUGUUAUCUGCUACGCACUUGUUGUGCCUUGUAUGGCGCAGGCUUGGUGGACUGGUCCAAUAGCAAAGACGACUGGUGAUAUUGGCUUUGAGAUUGCGUUUGUUAUGAGCUCGUUGUUCUACGUACCCUUCCGAUGGUUGGAAAAGCGCAUGUCGGGGAGGUAAUUAGGGUGACAAAUACGGUUUCAACACUGGAUCGAAGAUAAUGAGAUGGAAGCAUAAAUAGAUGGAUUAGAGAAAAUAUUAGCAUAAUUGUCAUUGCUUGAUUGAAACAUACUUAUAUGCUGAAGACUAAAGCUCAAUAGCCUUACGCCUUCUUCCUUACAGUCAUCAUCAUUCCAUCCCCCGGCCUCCCAUCCAACCCAAGCUGCUGAAAUGCAAUGUCCCCAAACACAAG